UUAAAAAAAUUCACCAUAAACCCUAAAACGAAAAGAAAACAAUUUCCCAUUUUUUAAAACAAACAAACAAAUCCGAAUCUUCGCCGGAUCAUACAAUUCCGCCGGACCCAGAUCCGCCAAUGAUCGGGAAAACGAUCGUCGCCCCAGUGCGUCGCGGCCGAGGGAGGCCGCGGAAGCAUCCCAAACCCGACGAUCCCGCCGGUAUCAACGUAGUCAUCGGCAAGAAGCGUCGAUCGUCGUCGAAAUCCGCCACGAUUUCCAGGGCGGAGGGCGAGGAAGGACCCUUUCGCCCUCGGCCUCCGCCGCCGCAGAAGGGAGGUCGGCGGCGGCUGGUCAUACCGCGAUGGCACAACAAGCGGGCCAGGAGCGCCUCCGACGCCCUCGGCGGCAGCGGGGGCGGAAGCCCCGUCGGGAAAUCGAUCCCGAACCCAACCCCCUGCUCGUCUUCUUCCUCCUCCGCCGGCUGCUACCGGCCGUUCGUCGACGACAGCCGGGGAGAUCUGAACGGCGGAGGGGUCCUGGUUUUCCAGUGCCUGGCGGAUUUCGAGAUCCCCGGGCCGAUCCCGGAUUUGGCCGAUCUGAUGAGCGACAUGACCAUUUUUCAGGAUUUUUUCAAUGACAUAGAUGAGUUUAAUUGUGGUUAAAUUAAAUGGUAUUCUUUUUUUCUUCUUCUUCUCUCCAUUGUUGUAAUCUGUUGCUAUAUGCUCUGUAAAAUCAAUUAGGACAGGGGAUAUCUUUUUGAACGCAUUGUACAUUAUCCCAAUUCAAGUGUUUUCUUGAAGGAUUUCUGAAUGUCGUGUUAGUAAGACAUUACAAUCCAAGAACCCAGAAUUUUGUUCCUCCUUCCUGAGCAGAACCUUUAAUUUGUCGAGGCUAGGAAAACUCUCAGUUUGAUACCUUCAUACAGAAGAAGUUCACUAUAGAUUGUGUUAAAAUAUGUGAUCGGUCAUUACUCCUUUGAUUAUAACAAGGUAUCAUCAAACAAUAACGCAAAGUAUUACAA